GCUCCGCCCCUUCCGCUGAGGCUUUAUAAGGCAGCCGCGGCGGCGCUCGCUCUUCUUCUGCUGCUUCCGCCCGGACGAUCAGGAUUUACUGAAGCGGCUCUGCUCCUCCAUCAGAAUCAUGUCUGCUAAGACCGAGCGCACCUUCAUCGCGGUGAAGCCGGACGGUGUGCAGAGGGGGCUGAUGGGAGAAAUCAUCAAGCGCUUCGAGCAGAAAGGCUUCAGACUGGUGGCCAUGAAGUUUCUGCAGGUGUGUGUGCUGAUGGUGGAUCAGGAUGCAGUGGCCUCUGAGGAUCUCCUGAAGCAGCACUACAUUGACCUGAAGGACCGGCCAUUUUACCCCGGACUGGUGAAGUACAUGAGCUCUGGACCUGUUCUGGCCAUGGUCUGGGAGGGUCUGAAUGUGGUGAAGACCGGGCGAGUGAUGCUCGGAGAGACCAACCCUGCAGACUCCAAACCCGGAACCAUCAGGGGAGACUUCUGCAUUGAAGUGGGCAGGAACAUCAUCCACGGCAGUGACUCUGUGGACAGCGCUAACACUGAGAUCAGCCUGUGGUUCAAGCCGGAGGAGCUGGUGUCCUUCAAGAGCUGCGCACAGCAGUGGAUCUACGAGUGAACAGACGGAGAUCCAGACGGGUUCUGUUCUGUUCUGUGCCCUUAUGCUGGAGCUCCCUCCUGAAGUGUCUUCAUUUCAUCUCGUCUUUUCUCAAGCACUUGUUCAAUAAAUGCUGAAGUUUGA